GAACAAUUAGUUUGGGGAAUAAUAAAAUAAUAAUAGCACAACUCAAUUCCUUGCAUCUGAGAAAAACCCUAGGAACAGAAUCAGUGACCGGAGAAGAUGGAAGCAAUGAACAUGACCACCGGAGUGGGAGAAGAAGAAAUAGCAGUGGGUUGCAUAUUAGCUAUUAAGACCACAUUGGGUGAUGAAUUUGAGGGUCAAGUUCUGACAUUUGAUCGUGUUUCCAACAUUCUGGUGCUCCAAGAUUCUGUUCCUGCUGCUGGGGUUUUGAAAUCAUCAAAUGGGAGGAGAAAUAUAAGGAUGUUGAAGGCUAAUUUUAUCAAGGAAGUCACUUUCUUGGGUCAAGCUGAUGAAGAUCCUCUUGAUGUUAAUAAAUGUUUUCUUGAUCUUAAUACUCUUCACUCUAAAGAACUCUCUGCUAUUAGGCAAGCAGAAAUAGAUUCUGAGAGGAUUGGAGUUGGUGUUACUCCGGAGGCUCAAAGCAUUUUUGAUGCUUUAUCAAAAACGCUUCCUGUUCGGUGGGACAAGACUGUCAUAGUUGUAAUGAAUGAGGUUCGUGUCAGCAGUCCUUAUACCUCUGAACGUGUUACAGGUGGAACUCCUGCUGCCAAUGAGCGAGUGAGGAAAGUGCUUGAACUUGAAAGGAAGAGAUUGCAAAACCGUAGUCCUGCUCAGUAAUGAUGGUCGCGCCUUUGGGUUUUAAAACUGGCCAAGGAGAGCUCCUUGGAUUAUGUGAUUGUUAUGUGAGUGGUGCCUAACAAUACACUGGGAGAACCAUGUUAUGUAUGUUGUUCGCAACUGUACACUGAGAGGACCAUGUUGCUUGUUGGUGAUAAAGAAUCUUAAGCUCAAAAUAAGAAAUUACAGUUUUUCCUAAAUUGUUAGCUUUACCAAUUCUGUGAUUGUCAAAUGUAAUCUUUCUCCAAUUGUUUCUUUUUGCCAAGUUUGUAGAAAUGGUUACUUAUUGUGAUGAUAGUUAUUAAUUUUGCUCGUC